AUGAAGUCACUGUCUUCAACAUACCGCAGCCUGGCUAGGCAAUACCUCAUAUCGAGGUCCCAGAUAAAAAGCACCACCAGAGCUCGACCAUUAAGUACGACACCUCCAAACCUAACUAAGAAUCGCAUAUACGAUCCGAUUCGCUCGCCCUCGGACUUUGACACUUUGAUUCUUCUCUCUGCAUCAAAUCGCACUGCAUUGAUCACUCUUUGGACUGCUUCCUGGUGCCCCUCAUGCCGUAUGGUGGCGCCUCUCAUACGGCAACUGAUAGAGGAAGAAGGGGCGGGCGAGGAAAGAGGAGGCGUGGGCUAUGCAGAGAUUGAAUUCGAUUCCCCUACUCUGGGAGACGUUGCAGGCCGGUACUGA